UAAGAUGAUAACUGCGUCAGACGUAAUUACAUUUACAAAGGACACCUCAGUCAAUUCUGAAACAAGUUUAUUCUAACUUUCACUUUUACAGAAACAGUAGUGGUUGUACUCUAGCAAAGAAAUCAGAUCAAAUAAUGGCAACUACAGUGGUUGUCCAGCAGCCCUAUAUAGUGUCACAUAGAAAUCCCUGGAGUUCAGGGCUGUGCGACUGUUGCGAGGACAUGAACUCUUGCUGCUAUGCAUUUUGGUGCUGCCCUUGCUUUGCUUGUUCCACCACUGGGGAGCUUGGGGAGAGCCCCUGUCUGCCCCUGUUAGACUUGUUUGGCCCGGGUUUCUUGGCUGCUUUAGGGUUCCCAGUAUGUGUGCCACCGGUAACUCUGGGAAUGCGGGUGGCAGUUCGUCAUAAAUAUGAAAUCGUGGGCAGUAUCUGCGAGGAUAUCAUGGUCUCCUGUUGUUGUAUUUGGUGUUCCUGGUGUCAGAUGAGCAGAGAAAUCAAGGAGCAUAAAAAACCCAUCACCAUAAUGACCACACAACCCAUGGUACAGGUUGUUCCCAACAUAUCCACCACCACCACCACACAUGUUGUGAGAGGGCAGCCAUUUGGAAUUAUGUCACCAGUCCAGAUGGGUUCACCUCUUAUCCUGACUUCUCCAUAGAGGGAAGCCCCAGCUGCCAUUCGUCCUAAAUAGAUUUCACUUACAUAAUGUUUUAAAAGCUGUUAAAACUAUUCAAUAUACUGUGGCUGUUCCUAAUUUGCCAUGUUUUUAGCUAUACACACUAUGGGGUUACACAAUUAUUUACUGGCAACAGUUUGUUCAAAGAUAAAUGAACAUUACACAUCAACAAGAUUUUAUCUUUACAGGAAAAAAAUAAAAGUACAGCAUUAUGCAAAGCGUUUCUGCGAACCAAAAUAAUAAAAAAAAAAACUACUUCUGACAUCACCAUAUCGUUUGGUGUUUUAUUUUGGGGUUUGGGCAACCAUUAUUAUAGAGUUAUUCUCUCAUUCAGUUUUAAACUAUGUUUUGUAUUAAAAGCGUAAAACAUAUAAACAUACAAUAUAAUUUUCAGUUCAGUUCAAUAAUAAUAGCAUUUUAGAUAGCAUGAAAAAUAGCUGAAAUGACUUUUUUUCCUUAACAUGUUUGCAAUCUUUGUAACUGUAAAUGUCUAAGAUGU